AUGAGUAACCCUCAAUUGGCUAAAUGGGCAAAGGAAACCUUUGGCCUUUUAUGCAAUGCCGAUGAAACGGACAAAUGGUCCAAUGUAUUGAUGAUUCGGCGUGCAAGAAGACCAAACUGCUUCAUUGAAGACAAAGAUAGUGAAGAUGUAAACCAGGCUAUGGUUCAGCAAAGUCUGGCUGAAAAGGUUCUGGUCAAGGGUUUGCAAGGAAGCCUAGACAAAAUUGCUGGAUCAGAUCCACUCUAUGAGAAUGAAGAAAUUGCUGAAGUAGAAUCAGCAGUUUCCUUUAAGAGAACUUAUUCUGCUUCAGAAAAGUUUGAGUGUGUUUGCACGCUUUUGGAUAUCUUGGAAGACGAAGAUAUUGACAGAGACUUCGUCACUCCCAGCAUAUCACCAAUCCCCACCUUCUACAAUGGCCGUCAACGCACGCUCAUCGAUUUUAUUUUUCGCUAUCCAGCCCUGACCACCACUUCACCCGAAAUCAUUUUCCUUAACCCAGCAUGGACCGACCAUAGCCUCUUGACCGUAUUACUCACGCUACAGCAUCCUUCAGGAUCAGGGGUAAUCAAGAAUUUCACGAUUACAUAUGCCAAACAAUUCGCCCGCCAGUGCAAGACAGUCGAAAGGUCCUUGUGCAGUGAACGCCACCCCAUAUUUCGCAAUCCUUCGCUUCCCGACUUGGCCAAAACUGAAGCCAGACUCGCCCGCCUCCAGGAGUUCAAGACAGCCAAUUUGGCACAACGAGCCAGCGUGCAAUGGACGGAAUCUGAUGAGCAGUCUAACGCAUACUUCUAUAGGGUUAUCCGAUCUCGUACGAUUGCACGCUCCAUUACCUCGCUCCGUGACCCCGAAUCUGGGGAAAAUUUGCUUACUCUCGUCCGAUCGCCUCUCCUCGUCCGAUUCUGUCUCUCUCAUCCGCCCCGUCACUGUCUUGUCUUAGCACAACGCCACCUGUGUGUCCGUGAUAAGAGCCUGUACGCUAACCCCCUCCUCCUCAACACCAUCUGGCACGUUCUAUACGUUAUGCCUGGACCGCCUUCUUUCUUUACUGCUAUCUGCAAGUCCAUCCGCAUCUACCCUUCCCUCGGGUUUGGUAGCCCUUUAUGGGAUCUUCUUUGUCAGCCACAACGCAAGGGUGGUUUGGGACUCCUGGACCCUGAGAGCCAACAAAAGGUCCUACAACUUCGCUGCACCUUGCCCAUCCUUCGGGAUUCGCAUGCUCGGUCUCAGUACAUCUUUCCUUACCUCACAUUCUUUUUUCAACUUCACUUUCCAUCUCCUUCCCUUAAAGAUUUCCUUCCCUCGACCAUUCCUCUAUCAGCCCGCUUCUCUCCCGCCACCGCUCUCGCUCUUCCGUUGCACGCCAUCUGGACAUUUCUCCCUCCUUUCUCAAUAACUCGCUGGAAUAAAGGCAUCUACGUCCAGCACGCCUUCAUGAUCGACUCCCGAGGUGGCCUCUGUCGGAUACCUCCCCACGACAUACGGCAUGCCCGCAACCGCAUUAUCGCCUUCUUUCGCCAUCUUGAUGGCGCCAAAAUCGUUCUGUGGCCGUGGUUUAUUUCCUUGCUCUCCCCCUCCUCGCCAGAUUCACCUCGACCAGUGGACGGCCUUUUCUCCCUUGUCUCCCUCAUUCAAAUCGACGGUCGCCCUCUCCACAAGGCUUUGACUGGUUCCCUCCGACGUCACCUCCUCACGUCUACUUCCUCUAUACCUCACGCUGAUAUUUCCUGGAAAUUGUUCUGGCGGUGGUCCAUGACACAAAACACACGUUCUCUCUGUCCGAAAUGUGCCCUCUGUCUCUCUGCGGUGGACUCUCUCCAACAUUUCGUAUUCUCCUGCUCUCGCAAGUUUUCUGUGUGGACAUUGGUACUGCGGCAAAUGUGUCAGCUCUGGUCCAUUUCUGACGUUCCCUGGCUUCUCACUCGUACUCGACUUUCUCCUUUCGUUUCCUCCUCUCUCCAGAUUGCGAAUGCAUCCAUCGUGGUUCACACCAUCUGGCAUGCGCACUGGACAUUUGUCUUUGACAACUCCCUCUUCCUCCCCAGUGUAGUUGCAGCUAAGGCAGUGACAGCCAUACAUAGAUCCCAUGACCUCAAUUCCACUUAA